AUGUCGACUACGAAUUUUAAAGAUAUAUUCUCUCUAUUAAUCAUAAUUUUUAUUUUAUCGCAAAAUUUUCUCUAUGGCCAUUCAUUUAAACCUGAGCCACGUGGAGGUCACAUGGCAACUCUGGUGAAAGAUAAAAUUUAUUUCAUGGGUGGAUCGCGGCCUAUACCUAAAGAUUCACCCGCAUGGAAUCUGACCCAUCAGUAUAACCUCUCAGACGAGGUGUUCUAUUUAGACCUUUCGAAAUCAUUUACUGUUGAUUUACCUCCGUUCACCGAUCUUUCUGCUAACUCAAGAAUGCCAUUUGGCAGUGAAAAGGGAACAACAGUGUUAGGAGAUAAUGGUCAGCGUAUAUAUCUUGUUGGCGGUGAGCAGCAAAAUAUGACAACAUUUAAUUACAAUGCAUCAGAUUCUAUACUUUGGAUUUAUAGUAUAAAUUCGCAAAAAUGGAGUACUAGUGGACCAGGAACUCAAGGAACAAUAUUACCCAGGCGCCGAUCCACUGCAACAGUUAUAGAUUCGAAGAAUGUGAUUUAUAUAUUUGGUGGAAGGGUAGAAUUAGAUAUGGGUUCAAAUGUAUUUACUAUAUUCGAUGAUUUUUUCACAUUUGAUACCAAUACUUUGUUAUGGACAAAUCUUUCAUACACUAAUCAUCCAUCUAAACGAAGCCAUUGCAGUGCAACUCUAAUGCCUGAUGGAACAAUUAUUUACAUAGGAGGUGUCACUCAAACUAAUCCUGGAGAAAAUUCAACUCGUGUACUCAUGACUGAUAUAAAUGUAUUCGAUACUAUUCAGUUAUCUUGGUCAUUUAAGACUGCGAACAGCUCUAGUUCAGUAAAUAUUGAUCCUCGUGUUGGACAUACCGCUGUUCUAGCACCAGAUAAUCAUACAAUAGUCAUAUUAGGAGGAACACAAAGUUAUGGCCUUGACCAGACUACGUCAUAUCCGGUUUUCGUAUUGCUGGAUGUUAGAUCUUUUCAAUAUUCAUCUUUCGAUCCUUCGGGACCAGCUCCUCCACCGCUGUCAUUUCAUACCGCGACACGUUAUCAAAACUACAUGAUUGUAGCAUUUGGAAAACGCAUUUCAAAAAAUGAUAAUAGCGAAAAUAACUAA